UUUAUUACACCAAAAUGUCUGUGAACCGGAUCCAUACAACAGACACGGAUCAAUCUGCAGAGUACUCUGUGGAAUAUUCGGUGGAGGUUCCCGGUGAUCACGGCGGAGGUCGGACGCGUGAUGUUACGGUGCUUCGAUCGAGCUGCUGCCGCUGCCUGCCGCGCGCGGUGCUCCUCACCUUUGCGCCUGAAUCACUGGAGCGACUUUAUCAGAACUACUUCCGUCGGCAGAGACAAGAAAACUUACUGGUGUUGGCGAUGUUCGCUGCUCUUUUCAACAGCUUCAUCAUCAUCAUGUGCGCAGUGGUGUACACUGAGGACAAGCUGGCGAUGGUGGUGGUGGCAGCUGUGGGGUUGGCCGCAGACAUUGUGCUCUUCGUGCUGUGCUGGCUGCGGAAGCUCCCCGCGUCACCAGUCUCACGCGGAGCGGUGCCAUAUAUUCUGUGGCUGAUGGUCACCGUCCACGUUUUAUGUUACAUGGGGCUCAACUACCAGCGUUUCUCCCAAGCCAGUGACUCUGUGGGCUGGCAGGCCUUUUUCAGUUUCUCCACCUUUCUGACACUCCCGCUGAACCUGGUCCCUCUGCUCCUGCUCACAGCCCUCUCCAGUGGUAUUCAUACCUUGGUUUUGGGGGUGACUGUGGCUCAGAGGUUUGAGGAUAACCUGCAAGGGCCCAUGCUGGUUAGACAGCUACUAGCCAACAUCAUGCUGUACCUGUGUGCAGCCACGGUGGGUAUGAUGUCGUACUACAUGGCGGACAGGAAGUACCGGACAGCCUUUUUGGAGGCUCGUCAGUCACUAGAGGUCAAACUCACACUGGAGGAUCAGAGCACUCAGCAGGAGGAAUUAUUAUUGUCAAUCCUGCCCAAACACAUAGCUGAUGAGAUGCUGCAGGGCAUGAAGAACGAGGCCAAUCAGAAAGAGGUCCAGCAGCAGCAGUUCAACACCAUGUACAUGUAUCGCCAUGAAAAUGUCAGUAUCCUGUUUGCUGACAUCGUGGGCUUCACCCAGCUGUCUUCAACCUGUAGUGCACAGGAGCUUGUAAAGCUGCUCAAUGAACUGUUUGCUCGCUUUGAUAAACUGGCAGAUCAACAUCACCAGUUACGGAUUAAGAUCCUUGGAGACUGUUACUACUGUAUCUGUGGUCUUCCUGACUUUAGAGAUGACCAUGCCGCCUGCUCCAUAAAGAUGGGCCUGGCGAUGGUUGACGCCAUCUCGUAUGUGCGAGAGAAGACUAGAACUGACGUGGACAUGCGUGUGGGCGUCCACACUGGCAUCGUGCUGGGAGGGGUACUCGGGCAGAAGCGCUGGCAGUUUGAUGUCUGGUCUACAGAUGUCACUGUAGCCAAUAAGAUGGAAUCUGGAGGGAUUCCAGGGAGAGUGCACAUCUCCCAGAGCACCAAGGAAAGUCUGCACGGAGAAUUUGAACUGGAGCCAGGGAACGGUGGAGAGAGGUGCGAGUACCUGCUGGAGAAAGGCAUUGAAACUUACCUGGUUCUUGUGCCUAAAGAGACGGAAAAUAAGCUUAAUGGAAAUAAACCGGGCACAUUAUCCAACAGGAAUUCAAACCAGCUGAUUAAUACAACGUCAAUCAAUGGGAACCCAGCCACAUCCCAAAGCACGCCCACUGAGACUAAACCCGAGAGGAAUAAGAUGGUUGAAGAGGAAGUGAUCAACAGAAAACUGCUGCAGGAGCUGCUGGACCGAGAAUCUCAGCAGAUAAUGAAGGAUCAUAAGAUCAACCCUGUAUCAUUGCGUUUUGUGGAUGGGAAGUUGGAGGAGCACUACUCCUCGGAGAAGGAGAAGCGAAGCGGAGCGGCCUUCUGCUGCUGUGUCAUAGUGCUCUUCUUCAUCACAGCAAUGGAGGUGUUCAUAGACCCACUGUUGGUCGUGAACUAUGUGACUCUCGCAGUAGGAGAGGUCUUGUUGCUAAUCCUCACAGUGUGCUCCUUGGCUGCCAUCUUCCCCAGGAUGUUCUCCAAGAGGUUGGUGUCUUUCUCGAUGUGGAUUGAUCGCACACGCUGGGCGAGAAACACAUGGGCGAUGGCAGCAAUAUUUGUUCUUACCAUGGCUGUGAUCGCUGACAUGCUCAGCUGUGUCCCACCAUCCCUCCGAGUCUUCAACGGCACCUCUGGCUACGUGUUGGAGUCACUAGAUGACCGAGGCUGUGCAGAGAAUCCUAAACACUACAGCUUCAUGGCUGUGAUGUCACUAAUCGCCACCGCCAUGCUGGUGCAGGUCAGCCACCUGAUUAAACUGGGCCUCAUGGUGCUGGUUGUCACAGCAACUGGCGCCGUUAAUAUCUACAGCUGGCGGGACAUCUAUGAUCUAUAUGACUUCAUACAGUUUGCCUCCUACAGAACAUCCAUAGUGCCAUCCAAGUACCUGAUGACCAUGAUGAUCAUCGUCAUGAUGAUUGGCUUCUACUUCUUUGCCCGCCAUUUGGAGCAUCAGUCCAGGAAGCUGUUCCUGUGGAAGGUCAGCGUGCAUGACCAGAAGGAGAGGGUGUUUGAGAUGAGACGCUGGAACGAAGCGCUGGUCACCAACAUGCUGCCAGAACAUGUGGCCAAACACUUCCUGGGCACUAAAAAGAGAGAUGAGGAGCUGUACAGUCAUUCUUAUGAUGAAAUAGGUGUGAUGUUCGCUUCCAUCCCCAACUUUUCUGAUUUCUACACUGAAGAGGGUAUCAACAACGGUGGCCUUGAGUGCCUCCGCAUUCUCAACGAGAUCAUCUCCGACUUUGACAGCUUACUAGAUAGGGACGAUUUCCGCUGCAUCACUAAGAUCAAGACAAUAGGAAGCACCUACAUGGCUGCAUCAGGACUCACCCCAGAGAGCAACACUAAUAGAUACAGCAACCGCAAGUCAGAGGAUCAGUCACUGGUUGAGCGCUGGCAGCACCUCUCUGAUUUGGCAGACUUUGCCUUGGCUAUGAAAGUCACCCUCAACAACCUCAAUAAACAGUCCUUCAAUAACUUCAUGCUCCGAAUCGGUCUCAAUAAAGGGGCAGUUCUGGCCGGUGUGAUUGGAGCUCGUAAACCUCACUAUGACAUCUGGGGCAACACAGUCAAUGUGGCCAGCAGAAUGGAGUCCACUGGAGUAAUGGGAAACAUCCAGGUGGUGGAAGACUGCUAUGACAUCCUGAAGGAUUACGGCUUCCGCUUUAUCCGAAGAGGGCCCAUAUUUGUGAAAGGGAAAGGGGAGCUGCUAACCUUUUUCAUGAAAGGAAAAGACAAACCCAGCAGCAAUGGCGGUCCAGUAACCACGGCCCUUCCGCACCAAGUGGUUUCUUGACUCUGUUCACCUGAUGAAACGUCAAAAGGACAGACCUGGACAGAGUGUCCGUUUUGCUACAUUUCUCUCAUAUAUACAGUUUAUUCUACAUAGACCUUUUUCAUAAACUCUGUAGCAAUGUAAAACAUAUGGAAGUAGACCAACACAACUAUCAUGACUAUUACAACAGUGAGGAAUUUAAGAACACAAAUUUAUUUUGCAUAAUUGUAUAUAAUUCAGGAUUACACUUGAAUAUCUCACAGUUGUCCUGCAAUGAACUUGUUUGCACUUGAUUCAUAGAGUGCCCCAUAAAACAAACAUAUAAAUUACUUCCCUUUGUUGUUUUACCUUGAGCUCAGGUUUUGUAAAAUAAUGUAGUUUGAUCACACUGUAUUUAUACGGUUAAUUAAACUUGUUUGCACUACAUUUUUGAGAUUUUUAUUUUAAUUUUAACAUGUGACAUGGAUCUUUAGAUGAAAAUGUCUGUUGGGUGGUCUGUUGGUUCAACAGAUGGUGAACUUGAUUUUAAAAGGUGCCAGUGCUCUACACAGGCCAUAUCUGCACAACAUGCACAU